UAUUGGAGAUAUCUCUUUACAAAACAUGUAAAUUAUAGAAUACAGUCAUCUUAAUUACUGGGUUUUUUGUCCACUUUCAGUUUGUUGCAGCCAUGAUUUUGUUAAACAUUAUUUACUAUUUUAUAUUUUGCAUUUACAAUAAAUAAUAGGCCUACUACAAUUCAUUUACAUUACAUUUUGCAAUUCAUUUACAUUACAUUUUGCAUGUCUUAAUAAAAUGCUAUUUUCUAGUUCACUUUCAAAUGCGUGUCGAUAAAAAUGUCAUACAAGCAAGUCAUAAACAUUUAAAGUAAAUUUUAUUUGUAACAUUUCUGCUAUUAAAGAAUUCCUGAAUGAACUGUCCAGACUGGUAAGCAAUUUCUUCAGACUUGUUCUGUGAAAAGGUUCAGCCAAUUUAUUGAAAAGAUCCAACUCAAAAGAGCAAAAUGUCUAAAAAGAACUUCACCAUAGGUGUAUGGGUUUUAAGAGGGUGUCAGUCCCUCGAUCCUUUUUUUUUUUUUCAGUCCCUCGAUCCUGAACACCCAAAGACUUUCGCACACAGAAAAUAAUUAGAAAGUGCGAGUUUUUACGUGUUCGCAAAAAGGAACAUAAAAUGGGAUCACGUGAUAUGCAAAUUGAUUGACUAAGCCAAUCUGACAGGUGCGUUUACCAGUCAAAAUGAAGCGCCACGCGACUUCUGACCUGUUGGAAAAAAAACUUGAGGUAAUCGGUAUAAAAUUGUUUUUGAAAAAUCCGUUUUUCGUCAUUCAAAAUCUGUAUACAGUUGGCAGAAAUUAUCUUUAUGGUCAUGUGUUACGUUUCUUUGUUAUGGUUUCUUUUGCUAGGUUUAUAUCCUAUCUCUGUUCCUGAUUCCAUACCUAUUGGUAUGUUCAGGACAGAGUGCCAUGAUCGUCAUUUCUGGUUGUCUGUCAACUCAAAUUUUCUUGGCCACAAAUUUAGGUUUGAUGUUCAAGAUGCCUGAAUACAUCACUGAAUAGUUCCUGGUUUGAAGCACAUUGUGUGGGUGAAUUAAGCAGACUCUGAGGUCCAUGAGGUUUCUGGUCAGUGGGCAGCAGAGUGUGGCUAUACUAUGACUCUUGACUCCUGGGGUGACUUGCUGCUGCGUGUUUCCUACCUGGCCUGUCUGGUGGAGAACCAGAGGGAGACAGAAUUUCGAUUGCUUGUGUGGUUAAUAAAUCAGGACACAAAUGGGGAGGAGAUAUCCUACCCUUUACUGCUCACCUGCCCUCUUCAUGUCCCAUGGGGGCCUCGGGAGCUUGUCUGUGAGCAGAACUACAUGGAGGUGUCUGUGCUGAAACAGCUGCCUCCUAAUAAUCACAUGGGCACAGCGUGGGUAACCCCAGCCCCUGUGGAGCUAGAUGACGGUGUGAGGGAAUGGAGGGUGGUGUUCCGCAUACCAGUGCUUCAUCAGGAGGAUGGCAUGAGGGAGGAGACUGUGCCAGUGAGAAUGGCACACCUGCUGGGCUACCACAUUAACACCACCGACAGUCGCAUCCUCCUGCGUUGUGCCUACAGAUCCAAACUGGCAUACAUGCUACAGUUGGGUGAGACUGAUGUGGAAGUGGUCAGUGCCACCAUCUUGUACAAGCUUAAAUGGACCCUGUUGACUGUGGACAUGUCAGUGGCCUGCACUAUGAGUCAGGCCCGAAUGGAUGGUUCAGAUGUGUUGUGGUCUCUCCCACGCAACCUCGCCCCUCUUGUCCAUCCUCCCUUCAUAGAAAAGGGCCUUAAGUUGGGUGUUGGGGGACGUUACCUGUCUGAGUGUGUUGCCCACCAGCGUGGUUACAUGAUUCAUGACAACAAUGGAACUUUGGAGAUCCGUAUUCCAUUUGGUGCUGAAGGAGGAUUCAUCAAGAGUCAUGCGAUUGAUGGACAUUACUCUCAGUCAUAUUUUGUAGACGUCUUCCUGUUGCGUGAAUGGGAGGAUACAGCGUGGAGUCUGACUCAGCAACGGACAUUCAGAACACUUUUUAUUUAUCACCUGCCCCGACCAGUCACGCUUAUUAACAAGACUGUGCCCUCACAGGGAGAGUUUUCCAUUUCCUUGUGCUGUUUUCCUCAUGAUGUUUCUCUGGGGAAUGUGACCGUAGCAGGUCAGCUGGUGCUCUGGGAGGAAAUGGAAAGGAAUGGUGUUCGUCUCUCUCAAAACCCUUUCUCAAACAACACAUACAUGUAUCUGUUUCAGAUGCCCUUCUAUCAUCAAUUCGUCUCACAGAAGUAUUUGGGAGACAGUUUAAGAAGAUACACUUUCUCUGGGGUCUUCUCUUUUAUUCUGUCUCCUGAUGGAGAGAUCUACAACUAUCCUGCUACUGUUGAGGCAGACCUGCAGGAUGUAGUCCUGCCAAAGCUGGAAGGAGAAUGUACGAUGCGAGGUGUGCGUACAUUGGCUUACUAUGGUAAUAUAGACUCCUCUGAGUGGAGUUUGUAUGUAGGAGGAAUGAGGCUUGACUGGGAGCUGGUGGAGCUGGGGGGAUUCUCUCUGGAGCCGCACGAGCUCUACCUCAGCCUGGAGGUGCCACUUUAUGCCCCUGGCAUGGCCUAUGAGGGCUUGGGACUGCAAGGUCUGUUAGUGAGUGUGCUGGUGAGUUUAGUUCAUCUGGAAACAGCAGAAGAACAGGCUCAUGUGCAGCGCUGUGUGUUCCCUGUGAGAGAGUUAUUGGUGUGUUUGCCUGAUGGAAGAAUGGUGGUGAUGGUUGACACAGCUGGUGCUUCUCCCCCAGUGAACCCCAAUCACACAGCCCUCUUGGAUCCUGCCUGUAGACCAUUAGAGACUGACCACUCCAGAGCCAUAUUCAGCUUCUCCAUAGACUCCUGUGGCACUUUCGCAACACAUGAUGGUGAUCAAGUGAUUUACAGGAAUGAAGUGAGAAACACGCCCCCUUUUCCUCCACAUCUGAGACCUCUCAGCCAACCUCAACUACAUUACAGGGUUCCACUUGGCUGUGUCCAUCCGGAAAAUGGAAAUCGCACUCUUGCCAUCUACCUGCCGUCCCAUCCUCCUACACCUCCACCUAUGAAACGCACAGUCAAAAGAGCCUCACUCUCACACACAAGGCAUCUUGAGGACAGAGAUCAAAAAAUGCACUCCAUGCCAGCUGGAGGAUGACACCCAUAAAGGUAAUCAUGUUUAUUAUUAUUUAAUCAUGUAUAUUAAGGUAAAUCUGCUCUUAUUAAAAAAAAAAACAAAAAAAAAACAAAACAAAUAUGAGUAGUAAAUGUUGUAUUGGGUGACCUGUGAAAAGUGUUUCUAUACUCACCGGCCACUUUAUUAGGUGUACCUGUACUGCUUGUUAACACAAAAAUCAAAUUAGCUCAUCACAUGGCAGCAACUCAAAGCAUGUAGACAUGGUCAAGAUCAGUGCUGCCAAUUAAGCGAUUUUUGUCGCUAGAUAUUAGUGACCUCCCCGCCCCUUUUGACUUCUAAGCCUAGUGACAAAUCUAGCAACUUCUGGGACAAACCUUAUCUAGAUUCCGUGACUUGCCCACUGAUCUAUAUUUAUAUUAAAAUGGAUCAGUGGACUUGCCAGUAUGAUGUCAUCUAGCGACAUUUAGAGACCAGUUUUAGCUACUUUCAACUGAAAGCAAUUGUUAACACUGGUCAAGAUGAUCUGCUGAAGUUCAAACUGAGCAUCAGAAUGGGUAAGAAAGGUGAUUUAUGUGACUUUGAAUGUGACAUGGUGGUUUGCAUCAUGGGUGUGAAGCUGACAAAUCUGCAGCAACUGCGUGAUGACCAAAAUCUCUGAGGAAUGUUUCCAGCACAUUGUUGAAACUAUGCCAUGAUGAAUUAAUGCAGUUCUGAAGUCAAAAGGGGUCCAUCUCAGUACUAGCAAGGUGUACCUAUUAAAGUGGCUGGUGAGUGUAUAUUGGCAUUAAUAAUCAAAAACCUUUGAGACCUAUUGCCUUGGACGCAGCAUAAUGCAGAGUAAAGUCCAAGACUAUUGUUUUAUCCAUUUUUAUCCCAAUUGUUUUCUUAACAUUGGGGUAAACAUGAAAAAGGAGUUAACUGAAAAUAUUUUUGUUUGUUUUUGUGUGUUGAAUUUAUUACAAAUGUAGCAAUAACAACUUGCCUGCACUGUUUCUAUGGAGCUGAAGGUGGAGCCUGACAGCACAAUGAAAGGGCCUCGUCCUGUCACCUCAUGACAACAACAGAUCUGUCCAAUAAAACUUUCUUUUUGAUUAACAA